GAAAAGUGCAGUCUGUUUUCAACAUCAGCAUCAUGAACAAGUAUCUGGUGGUCUUGGCCGUGCUCCUGCUCGCCGCCAUGUGCGUCUCGCCACUUUGGGCCAGCGCUGUGCCUGACCACCACGGAGGCCCUCAGCACUCGCAGCACCAUGGUGGCGGAUCCCAGCACCACGGUGGCGGAUCCCAGCACCACGGUGGCCCAGGUCAGCACCAAGGCGGUGGCCCAGGGCACCACCAAGGUGGCGCCGGCCACCACGACUCCCACGGAGGUCUGGGCCACCAUGGCUGAUAGGACGUUGGUUCUGCUCUGCUUCUACCUCCUCAGCAGUGCUACAACAUUCUUCUGGCGAUAGUUCUCUCUAUACAAUGUAAUAAAUUUUUAUUUCAAGCAUGCUUGGUAAAUAAAAAUUUUCCAAUCACUUAAA